AUGCCAACGGACCAGCAAUUUGCGCAAGCGCAGAAUCUCCAACCGCAGAAUUUGGAUUUGGAUGAUGGGGCAACAGACAUUGGGGGCAGUGUUGCUCACCGUGCAUCGGGACUCGAAGAUCUGCGGCCUCCGCCUUCCAGGGGAACGGAAUUUACCGACCAGGAUCGUGUAACAGCAAACACCAGCCCUACUACCAACGGGCAUUACCCCACGGGUAGCUUGACUGACAGCGUCAGACCGCUGCACAAGAGCAACGAGCCCGCGGCUAAUCCACGUGGCUUGACAGUGAACGUGGAAAAGAGCUACCAGGGUGCUGGCAAGCCAGGGCCCAGCCCCCUCGCAUCUCCACGAUCGUUUCGCUCCAACUUUAUGCGUGCGGGAAGGGACUCGAACCGAAACAGGAGCACUGAGGGGGCCGAGAAGCUGUCUAGUGGCGCGUCUUCUCCCAAGAUGGCGCCGAUUGAUUCGAGAGGGCAGGCGAGACAGGCGCCAGCACAGCAAGCGCAGCCUGAGGUCCCUACAGCCGGACGAGUCUUUGAUUACUUUGAAGCGAUACCCAUCAUCUUUGCCUACGUGGCAUUCAUCUGUAUGUCGUCGUUCGUGCACGCUUCAGUGUCAGACCCUGGCAUUUUGCCGCGAAAUCUACACCACUUUCCUCCGCUAGGCGAGAACGAUGAUCCCUUGCGAUUGGGCCCACCAACGAAUGACUGGACGCUCAUAAAGUCAGCCGAAUCUGCUACCGCUGCCAUGGAGGUUCCUGUUAAGCACUGUCGGACAUGCAAUAUUUGGCGCCCCCCGCGCGCUCACCAUUGCCGCCUCUGCGACAACUGCAUCGAGACGCACGACCAUCACUGCGUCUGGCUCAACAACUGUGUCGGCAAGCGCAACUACCGCUACUUUUUUGUCUUUGUCACGUCCGGCACUAUCCUUGCCCUCUACGUCAUCGUGACCUCGUUGGUCCAAUUACUGGUGUACCGCAGUCGUGAGAAUGUGAGCUUCGGCAAAGCCAUCAACCAUUUUCCGGUUCCUUUUGCUCUCCUCAUUCUUGGCGUUCUUCUCUUCUGCUAUCCUGCCGCCUUGAUGGGCUACCACGUGUUUCUCAUGGCUCGCGGCGAGACGACGCGCGAGUAUAUGAACUCUCACAAGUUCGCUAAGAACGAGCGGUUUAGAGCAUACUCGCAAGGGAGCGCCCUGAAGAACAUAAUCGCCGUGCUCUGUCGGCCUCGGACCCCAACAUAUUACCGCUUCAAAUCCAAGUACCAAGCCGGGGACCAACGGCUAGGCGUGCACAAGAGCCUUAGACCAAAGGUGGAUGCACAGGGCAUGGAGAUGCAGAACGUUUCGCUGGCGCCACCGCAAUUCCAGAGCGAACAGGCUUUCCACGAAGCCAAUCGGCGUUGA